AUGCAAAAACUGUACUGGCUAGUUGGACGACACUCCGAGCUAGACUUAACCAGCAAACGUAUCUUGGAUGUAUCGGUUGUUAAACCGAUUUGGAUUUGUGGUAUUCAACUGUGGGGUUGUACCAGUAAGUCCAAUAUCGAAAUAAUACAACGAUGCCAGAGCAUCGCUCUGCGUACCAUUGUCGCAGCAUAUCGGUAUGAUAAGUACGACAUCAUCCACCGCGAUUUGAAAAUGUCAUCCGUGCAGGAUGAAAUUACCCGGUUUGCUUGCAAAUAUGCAAGAAGACUGGAGCUUUACACAAAUACAGCUGCCAUACAACUCCACGACAACUCACAGACAUUAGACGACUCAAACGACUGA